AGGUUAAUACCGAAGUGGAUAUCCGUGGAGCGAAAUAACUUUUUGAUAUUUAAAGAUCACAAAUCUUUGAAUAUAAAAUUUUUUCCAACAUCCAUUGCCUCCAAUUUGACUUCUUUUCUUCUUAUCACCACCUAAACUCGACCUUAUGGCUGUCCUAUGUCCUUUACACAAAAAUAAUUAUACUAUGGCUGUCAUCACCCUUUUUUUCUUUCAUCUCAUUUAUAACUCUGCUACAGUAGCAACCAAUAUCAAUGGUGGCUUCAGCGCUCAUCUUAUCCAAAAAAAUUCUCCAAAUUCACCAUUGCACCAACACAAAAACAACAAAUUUUUUCGACGGUUGAUGGGUCCAGACACGCCAGGAUCACCAAUGCAAUUCGAUGCAGGUAGUGGCUCACAUAUUAUGAAGUUCUCAAUGGGAACCCCGCUCUUCGAUAUUUAUGCAAUUGUUGAUACAGGCAGCGAUCUACUAUGGACGCAAUGCCAGCCUUGUCAAGGUUGCUACAAGAGCAACUUUGGCGUUUUUGACCCGAGAAAAUCCUCAACUCAUAAGAACAUUACUUGUCGGUCAAGAGACUGUAGACUCCUCGACUCGUUAUAUGUAUAUGACUAUUGUAUACAAAAACCUACGGGAAAUUGUGUUUAUAGCUACGAGUAUCUAGACGGGACAGGCUCAAUGGGUCUAUUGGGUAAAGAAACAGUUACCUUGACAUCCACUACAGGUAAAGUUGUAGCCCUAAAAGAUAUUAUUUUUGGGUGUGGGUAUCAAAACAAUGAAUCUAUUUCAAGUGGAAAUAUAAUGGGAAUGAUUGGGCUUGGACGUGGGCCAUUAUCAUUGAUUUCUCAAAUUUCUCCCUAUGUUGGAGGCAAAAGAUUCUCUUAUUGCUUGGUGCAAGAUCCCAAAAUCCAAAGCAAGAUCUAUUUCGGGAAUGGGAGUGAAGUUUUGGGUGAAGGAGUGGUGACAACCCCUAUGGUCGAUAUUGAACCAAACGAGAAUAGUUAUCUUGUCACAGUAUUAGGAAUUACCAUCGAAAAUGAGUUUCUUUCUUUUAACUCAACUGGGACAUUACUCAAUAAAGGUAACAUGAAUGUCGAUAGCGGUACAUCUACGUCACGUUUACCACAAGACUUUUUUGACCGGAUGGUGUCUCAGCUAAAAAAGGUAGUUAAAUUGGAGUCAUUCAUAUAUACCAAGGAUAUGAUGAGUCUCCUUUGCUUUAACUCCACGACGCCUCCAAAAUUAACACCAAUGGUUUUCCAUUUUGAGGGUGGUAGCAAACUGCCGGUGGCGAUGGACGAAUUAUUUUCUGAAGAAAUGCCUGGGGCAUUUUGCUUAGGAAUUUCAAACAUAACUAAUGGGCAUCAAGGUUAUUUCGGAGGUUCUCUACAGACAAAUCUCUUGAUUGGUUUUGACUCUGAUAAAAAAGUGAUAUCCUUCAAGCCAACUAAUUGCGCAGACUUUAACAAAAACUAAUUGCCUGAACUACUAGGUGGUGGUAUAAAUUUUGUAUUUUCUUUUUCUCCUUUUCUCCACUUGGCUAUUUGUAUUUACUUUGGAUUAUGAAUUUUUCCUUUGUAGACUAAAAACAUGGGUGGCGUUUUAUUUUCAAGAAUUCGGCACAUUGCUCUUUUGAUAGGCCAAAAGUGGCAAUCAAUUUAAA